AUGCUAAAUGAUUUCUUCCAAUUUCUGGAAUAUACACGUGCUCGUAGUAUACAACAAUCCUGUCUACCAGUAUAUAAUAACCUUAGGAAUCAAAAUCAACAUCAAAUUCCAUCGCUUCUUAACCUUGAAGUAGAUAACCAGUAUAAGUCAUCAACUCCCAAACGGGGUAGACCUCUAAACGAUAGUAAUGGAUCUAUCAGUACGAUACCCAAACAACAAAAAACAAGUCAACAUAACCCCAUACCAACAGAGGUUAUGACAACGACAGAUCAACAGAUACGAAAACCACUUCCCUUCGUUCAAUUAAAACGAGCUGUAUCUUCCAAUUUACCAUGCUUUUUCAUUGAAUUUGAACAAUCAAUAACUUCACAUCAGCUUCCAUCAGCAUUUGAAGCUAGAAAUAUCGUUGAAAAACAUUUCAAAGACCUCAAUGUUAGUGUUCAGCAGUUCUCACUAGUCGGUUGGUCCGGUAAACGAUUGAAACUGGGAGUGAACAAUAAAAAAGAUUACAUGACGUUAGUAACGACAGAAAAAUGGCCAACGACAGUUAAAAAUAUACCAGUGAAAAUUAUUAAACCAAACUAUGUUCCUGACUGUUUUGCCUUAGUUGUUCGAUACGUACCACGUGAUUUAGAAAUAGAAAUUGUGAAAGAAGAAAUCAAUCGUAUUAUUACAUCAGCAGAUAAUAUUAAACAAAUCCAUUAUGCAUAUGUACGAAGAACUAAUGACUAUCGGUUCACGGUAACAGAUUUAACAGAAUAUAAUUCAGCGCUCGAAUUGGGUCGUAUCUCCAUUUGUAAUCACUGGCUAUCAAUCACACCAUUUUUAUCUGGAAACCGUAUGACUUAUUGUACAAAAUGCUGGCGAAUCGGACACGUACGUGAUCAAUGCAAAACAAAUAUACAACGAUGUCGUGUUUGUCUAGAAGAAAUAACAAAAAAAGAAGAACACCAGUGCACGAAUAUACCAAAAUGCGCACAAUGUGAUGGUGAACACCAUUCGCUUCAUAGUCAAUGUCACAUCAUUCAAACGUAUCGUGCUAAUCUAAAAGAAGACGUUACAAAAGCUGUAGAAUCUGGUAAAUUACAGCGUAUCACCUAUCCUAAACAACCAACUUUUAGUGUUAAUUAUCAAGUAUUUCCACCUAUGAACGAACAUAAUAAGCCCCAACAGCAACAACAAUUUGCAUGGAAUCAUACACGAACAGAAACACUAAACAACGAAACAUCGAACGUAACACAAGUACUUGCAGUCAUCAAUGAAAAUCUAGUAGUAAUGCGGGAAAGUAAUAUGAGAGUGGAAGAAAAAUUGGAUAAAAUCGACGUUAAAGUAAAUCAAGCAGCUCUUGAUGCAGAAUUACACCAAACUACACUUGAUAAAUUAAUUGACUAUAUACAAUCACUUAUCGAACAUGUUUUAUGGCCCGUAACAAGUCAAGUUAAACCGGAUCUGCUCCAAUCCGCAAAAGGUCUCCAAUCUAUUCUUACUAAACUUGGUUACCUUAAAUUAUCCUUAUGUGACGAUUACAAGAUUAGACGUAAACGUGCUGAAUCACCACCUCCUACUCACGAGAAAUCGAACACAUCGAAAGAAAGAAAGAAAGAAAGAAAAAAUGGUGGUUCAUCAGUUACAAAUCAAUCAUAA